AUGCCUUUCGCUAUCUCGAUCAGCAAGGUCGACGGCAAGCCCGGCCAAGUCUACUACCCUCUAGAGAAGAUCAACGUACCCGAAAGCACACCCAAAGACAACCAAGUUGUCGUCAAGAUCACUGCCGCAGCAUUGAACCACCGAGACCAUUUCAUUCGCCAGCACCUAUAUCCCGGCACAACAUUCGGCGUACCGUUACUUGCAGACGGCACUGGCAUCGUCACUUCGACCGGAUCGUCUCCCGAAGCAAAGAAGUGGCUGAACAAGCGCGUUAUCCUGAACCCAGGCACCGGAUGGAAAGACGACCCCGACGGUCCUGAAGAUCCCAAGGGAUAUGCUAUUCUUGGAGGCACAAAGCUCAACCCUUUGGGCACUCUAGUAGAGAGUCUGGUCAUCGAUGCAUCUGAGCUAGAGGAAGCACCCAAGCAUCUCUCGAAUUCUGAGGCUGCGGCACUGCCUCUGACAGGUCUGACCGCUUGGAGAGCGACUGUCACCAAAAGUGGCAACUGCAAACCUGGUCGUAAUGUGCUAAUCACCGGCAUUGGAGGUGGUGUGGCUCUCAUGGCACUGCUGUUUGCAACUGCCGCUGGCGCAAAUGUCUUUGUGACGAGUGGCAGUCAAGAAAAGCUGGACAAAGCAAAGAAGCUGGGUGCUGCUGGAGGCGCUAUAUACAAGGAGGACGACUGGGAGAAGAAGCUGCUGGAACAAUUGCCAAAGGACAGAAAGUUCUUGGAUGCGGUCAUCGAUGGCGCUGGUGGUGAUAUUGUUGCGAAGGCUUUCAAGAUUAUGAAGCCCGGUGGUGUGAUUGUCUCGUACGGAAUGACAACAGGCCCGAAAAUGCCCUUUACAAUGGCCGCUGUCCUCAAGAAUAUCGACCUUCGUGGCUCCACCAUGGGCUCGAGAAAAGAAUUCGCCGACAUGGUCAGUUUCGUAUCGACCAAGAACAUCCGACCGGUGGUCUCGAGAACAGUCACCGGCAUUGAUAAUCUCGAUGCUAUCAAUGGUCUGUUCGAGGACAUCAAGAACGGAAGUCAAUUUGGCAAGCUUGUGAUUGAGCUUGAGAGAGGGGCUGAAGCCAGCAAGCUUUAG